AUGAACUCGAACGAGAAGUUUGACGACCAGGCUGACGUAUUCGCCGAAGAAGUUGAAGUCAACUUUGAUCCCGAGUGCAUCAUCCACAUUCGGCCCGAGUUUGUCGACGCCGCUGAGCACAAGAAGGCGCACAUCAUACGUAAGUAUGAUGAGACGGUCAUCCGGCCACAGGCCGAGGAGGCGAGGCAGCAGCGACAGGCGCUACUGCUGAACGGACAGAUUUCGCAGGAGACGGCGGCUCUUGAUGAUGAGUUGGCAUUGAUGGGCCUUGAUCCAGACGAGGUGCGCGAUACUACCAUGGUGGCGGAGUACUCAGAAGAGAUCUUUGCGUACAUGAGCGAAUGCGAGAUGAGUACCAUGGCCAAGCCAAAUUACAUGGACUUUCAAACCGAAAUCCAGUGGUACAUGCGGCAAACACUCGUCGACUGGCUUCUGCAAGUUCACGUGCGCUACCACAUGUUACCCGAGACCCUUUGGAUCGCGGUCAACAUCAUCGACCGAUUCCUCAGCAUGCGUGUCGUUGCUCUGCAGAAGCUCCAACUGGUCGGUGUGACGUCGAUGUUCAUCGCGGCCAAAUACGAGGAAAUUCUCGCACCCAGCGUGGAAGAAUUUGUCUUCAUGACCGAGAAUGGAUACUCGAAGGAAGAGAUCCUUAAAGGAGAGCGCAUUAUCCUCUCGACCCUCGACUUCAACAUUUCGAAAUAUUGCACACCAUACUCAUGGCUUCGCCGGAUCUCGAAGGCUGACGACUACGAUAUUCACAGCCGCACGCUCGCCAAGUUCUUGAUGGAGGUCACUCUCACAGACCAUCGGUUCUUGCGUGCAAAGCCGUCAAUGAUUGCAGCGAUGAGCAUGCUUCUGGCAAAGAAGAUGCUUGGACUCGAAUGGAAUGACGCUUUCGUCUACUAUUCCAAAUUUACAGAGCAGGAGCUCGUACCCGGUGCCAACCUUAUGCUUGAGAAGCUCAUUGAUCCGUCAUUCGAGGAGCAAUUUGUCUGCAAGAAGUACAGCAACCGAAAGUUCCUCAAGGCCAGUAUCUAUGCACGCGAAUGGGCGCUACAGAACCAUAGAAGCGUCGCUGCAGCCGCUGCGGCCGAGGCCGGCGAGGAGUACGACACCUCAGUUUAG